AUGCCAAAAGAGUUAUCCUCUGCAGUCCUUAGAAUAAAAAAAUCUGUAAUAGUAAAGUCAGUGAAGUGUCUGUGCCUGGUGAGCCACAAAGACAGAUUUGUAUUCCUGACAUCUCAUUCUGUUUGUGCUGAACAGGUUCUGGGCCUCUCUCAAGGCAGCGUCAGUGACAUGCUGUCACGUCCCAAACCCUGGAGCAAGCUGACCCAAAAGGGCCGGGAGCCCUUUAUCCGCAUGCAGCUGUGGCUAUUGGACCAGCUGGGCCAGAGCCUCAGCCAGCCUCCCAACCAGGGCCACACUCAAGAUAAAAGUCCCGUAACAGCCCAGUCCUGUCCCUCUCCACCGCCUAGUCCAGCAGAGAGCAACCCGAGUCCAGUGGCUGAGCCGGUCAGUCUCUCACUGGAAAGCAGCAAGGAGAACCAGCAACCUCAAAGCCUUGGCUUGGGGUUGCCCAGCCACCCAGAAGGUGGGAAAUCCACUUCCAGUCUCAUGGGCCUGCAUCAGCCUGCAACCCCAUUAGGAAUCCAGGAGUUGGUGGCCAUGUCUCCAGAGCUAGACACGUACGCCAUCACCAAGAAGGUCAAGGAGGUGCUAACAGACAACAACCUUGGCCAGCGACUUUUUGGGGAGACCAUCUUGGGUCUGACUCAAGGGUCGGUGUCUGACCUGCUCUCCAGGCCUAAACCUUGGCACAAACUCAGCCUGAAAGGCCGGGAACCUUUUGUCCGCAUGCAGCUAUGGCUCAAUGAUCCGCACAACGUGGAGAAGUUGAGAGUCAUGAAAAAGAUGGAGAAGAAAGCUUACCUGAAGAGGCGGUACGGUCUGCUGAGCACUGGCUCUGACAGCGACUCGCCCAGCACUCGCUCUGAGUGUGUGAGUCCGGCCCUCGCCUCGCUGGACUUGUGUCCCUUCAGUCAGGUAAAGAAGCCUCGGGUGGUGCUGGGAGCCGAGGAGAAAGAGGCCCUGAGGAAAGCGUACAUGCAGGAGCCGUACCCGUCCCAGAACACCAUCGAGAUGCUGGCGUCGCAGCUCAACCUCAAAACCAACACUGUCAUCAACUGGUUCCACAACUACAGGUCCAGGAUGAGGCGUGAAGUGCUGAUGGGCGGUCUUCCAGAUAAUGACACAGACGCCGAGCCCAACAGCUACUCCCCCUCAGUAACACGGAGCCCCAACUCCGAUGGUGAGGACAAGAGACUGCUGCUGCCCUCAGGACAAACCCAUGCUGGCCUUCCUCUUAGCACUACCGACGAACUGCCUCACGUUAAACAGGAGGCAACUUACAGGGAAGAGGACAGCAUGGAAGGAAGGGAAGGCUCGCAGAAAGAAGUCGGAGUGCAGUGUUUUCCCUCCACCGUGCCGUUGUCCCCUUUGAAAACCGAGCACGAAGACUCCGCCUCAGGCUGCUGCAAGCUCCACCCGGCCGGCCAGAGCCCGAUGCAGGAGGAGGGCGCGUGCAACCAGAUUCAGGGACUCCACCUCGGCGUGGCGUCCGCGGAUGGCCCGCAGCGAGCCAACAAGUCCAGGUACGAUGGAGAAGAAUCCGGGAAGUCGCCCGUUGACCCGGUCAGCUUCAAGGCUUCGUCGGAGCCGUGCCGCAGCAGCCUGGAGGUCUCGCUGAACUCGCCGUCCGCCGCGUCGUCACCCGGCCUCAUGAUGUCCGUCUCCCCCGUGCCCUCCUCCUCUGCGCCCAUAUCGCCCUACUUGCCCAACCAGGUGACAAGCGCCAACCACGGCAUGGACGCUAACCCGCUUCCUCCGUUCCAAAGCCCCAAACUCAACAGAAGCACUCAGAGACGCAACGAGAAAAUGGCCAACCUCAACAACAUCAUCCACAGGCUGGAGAGGGCAGCCAAUCGAGAAGAAACACUGGAGUGGGAGUUUUAGGGCCUGCUUUGCUGCGUCUCAUCCAGAAAGACUGUUGCUGCACACAACGAGGAAGAAAGGUUGGAUGGAAGCUUCCGGACCUGAGCGGAGCCUGGCUCCUUGAGGCAGUGCCGUCUUGGACUGGAAACAGGAAUGCAGAGGAGAACACGAAGCUGAACUUCCUACAAUAAUUUAAGAGUUUAAAAAAAUGUAUAAAAAUGUAUUUGUUUGUUUUGUUUGUUUUUUUUUCUUUUGAUAAUGCAUACUACUUUGAAAUGUAUGUGACAGCGCUAGCUGUUGUUUUAACUUAUUGGACUUGACAUGAAGACUUUUGCAGCUAUGGUGUCAUUUAAUGUACACUGAAGUUCUGAAGAUUGCCACUGGGUGAGAUUAAAAAAAAGACCUCUGUCUUAAGCCAUUAAAAGCACUAUGACUAUUUGAAAAAAAAAAAAAAAAAAGACACUGACCAAAUUUGCUACUUUUUGAAUAGCAGUUUUUCCAAUUUUGUCUGUCAGACUGGACAGUUUAAGUCAAGUAACGUGAAUUCCAAUUACUGACUGAGGGAUAGUCCUUUAAGACUCUAAAUAUACAACACCUUGUAUGUACUUAGUUUCUUGGUGAUAUGUUUUGAAAUCUUUGUAACUCACACGUAUAAAAUGUGGUUGUACAUGUUGUAGAAUUGUCUGCAAUAGCCUUCUCUAAAUCUGAUGUAGCAUGGUACUCACCUGACCCUGUUAUCCUCUGUAGUUAGGCACCUGUGAUUAUACUUGAGCGAAAACGAACAAAAAAAAAA